GCCAUGUGCCUCGUCGGCGAAAAGGCCUACCGCAGGUGGGUCCUCAAGGAGCAGCGCCCCACACCCUCGCCUCGCAGCAAUGACGGCGUCCGUGGCAAGCACGGGGCGACGCGGCUCGACACCGGUUCCCAGAUCGACGCCGCAGCCGAGAAGGUCAUCGAGCGCCUCGAGCAGAGCAGCGUCGGCCGGCUCGUGCGGCGCAAGGUGCGCGGCGCGACCAAGGGCAGCGGCGGCGGAGCGGGCGACGUCGAGCUCAAGGAGCUCAAGCGGGGCGUCGCGGGCACGACUGCGGUCAGAAGGGCACCGCCGCCGCCUCCACCGCGGUAAGGCCGACGACGACGGGCAGAGAUGCGCUUGCGAGAUGUACCGAGAGAGUCUGCAACUGCAAUUGACGACACGGGCAAGGAACGGCGACUUCUAUGGAGGACGGGCGAGGAGAGAGAGAAAGAGAGAGGAACUGCUACAAGGAAGGGAAGGAAAGAAGAAAGCCCGCAGCGCGCUCACCAACCGCCGGUGAGCUGGUUGAGAAGGACCUGCGCCGCGUCCUGCGUGUUGACGGGUGCGCCGCCGCCGAGGAAAGCCGAGAGGUCGAGCCCGGACCCGUCGUGCGAGGCGACGCCGCUCGGCCCUCCUCC